GAACCAACUAACCUCACCAACCAUGGCAAAUUUGUAAACAAAUAAAAAGUACUGUUUACAUUUUCCAUUAUAGAUAGUUUUAGAAAGAUUUUCGGUUGGUUGUGAUCCCCGUGCGACGAUAGUGAUGACACAUUUCAAUAAUUUUACAUCGAACGGGAACUGUGGUUUUUUAUGUACCUAGUUGAAUUCAUAGUCAAAAUCCACUAUGAGUUACUACAUAGUCAUAAGAGAAAAAAGGGACAAUGAUUCUCCUGCCUUAUCGGAGGUAGUAAGAAAUGCGUACUCUUCGAAUGUUUACAACUCCUGGUUAAAUGCACUCUUUCAUGAGAUUACAUUCCAGCUGAUGAUUCUAGUUUCUGCGCUGCUCUUCAUCUGUUUCGGAAUACCUCUCGUGUACUGCUUUGUGUCCAUUCCUGCAGUGUUGAUAAGUCUGUACGUAAUGAUCUACGGAACAGUGAGUAUGAAGGCCGCUCAAGUACUGUACGACAAAAAACCUUUAGCGUGCUGGGUAGCCGAAGCCUACCAACCGUACUUUUUUAUAAAAAACCCAGGCAACUGCUGGUACAAGAUCGUUACGGAGGAGGAUAUCGAAAGGGAGGGUAUCAAGAAAGAAGGGUUCCAGAGGAAGGUAAAAUACAGGAUAGUUACAGGGUAUAAACGAUAAUGGUUUACCGGACAA